GUCCAUCACACUCUUCCUUCCCCCGCGCUGUGUGUGUGUGAGUGUGCCUCUCUCUCCCCCACCACUCAAUUAUCUCUUUCUCUCUCACAGUCACAGCGAGAAGACAAUGCCUUCUUCUGGAGAUCCCUCGACAACAAUCAGACACCAACCCAUGAACCUCCCACCAUUUCCCACCGCCGACGAGCCUCUAAUCCCCAAACCUAGCCGCAUCUGUAAAUCCGCCAUGUCUACCUUCUUCCUCUUACCUUCAUCAUCCAACGAACCCAACAACAGAAGAAAGGGGAAGAAACAGACGACGUCGUCCUUUCGCAGCCUCGGCUGCACCUCCUCCGCCUCUCAGCAGGUUUCCGUCCCCGCCGUGAUCCGCUCCUCCGCGAAUUGGGACCCGAGUAACGCCAAAAGCAAGAAGAAGAACAAGGGUUGUAGCUACAGUGGCGGUGGCUCGGUUAAGAUCUUGAGCGAGGCAGAACGAAGCGGUUGCGGUCCGGUUCCUGAUGUUUGGUGCGGACCCGGUGUCGGGUUUUCCACCGAUGCGGUGGUCUCCGGCACCGUCGAAGCGGAGCCUCCGAGAAGGAAUAUUCCGGCGAGACGCAAAAUCGAUGGAGAGGGCUCUUCUGUUCCUCCCCGGCGAUCUCAUAAUCAAGAAACUAGUCUUUACUUUGACUCUGAUUUGACAUCGAGGGAUGAACAGAUGCAGACGCUUUUCUCUGAUAGAUACCAUCGUCAUCUACGACAACCUUACCCUAAUGGACUCGACGAGAUGAUGAUGAUACAUAAUGGUUUUGUAAUGGGAGAGAUGUUAGGCUCUCACGAUCACUUCCGUGACUUGAGGCUCAACGUCGAUGGCAUGUCUUACGAGCAACUUUUGGAGCUUGGUGAUAGAAUUGGGUAUGUGGACACUGGACUUAAUGAAAAACAGAUCAAAACCUGUCUCUGGAGAGUCAAACCAUCUCACAAAGCUACACCACUUGAAGAUAGAAAGUGCAGCAUUUGUCAAGAAGAGUAUGAGGGUAAAGACGAGGUAGGGAAGUUACGAUGUGGGCACAGGUACCAUAUCCACUGUGCGAAACAAUGGCUGUUAAGGAAGAACUCUUGUCCCGUCUGUAAAACUAUGCCAUUUGUUUAAAAAGUCUUAGAUAGAUAGAUAUAUCUCCUCUCCUUUGACAAUGAUUUGCUAUUUUAUGUCUGAAAACAAAACUGGUUGAUGAAAGAUUUGUAAGGAACAGCAAAUGUUAUUACUUACCUAUGGAAGAAGUCACAGAGAGACAUUGUGAACCCCA